AUGGGUAGCUGUUGUAGCUGUCCAGAUAAAGAAUCUGUCCCAGAUAACCAUCGAAACAAGUUUAAGGUUAUUAAUGUGGAUGAUGAUGGUAAUGAACUGGGUUCUGGCAUAAUGGAACUUACAGAUACAGAACUAAUUUUGUACACCCGUAAAAGGGACUCUGUAAAAUGGCACUACCUCUGUCUCCGUCGCUAUGGCUAUGACUCAAAUCUUUUCUCUUUUGAAAGUGGCCGGAGGUGUCAAACUGGACAAGGAAUCUUUGCUUUUAAAUGUGCCCGUGCAGAAGAGCUGUUUAAUAUGUUGCAAGAGAUAAUGCAGAAUAAUAGCAUAAAUGUGGUAGAAGAACCAGUAGUAGAAAGGAAUAAUCAUCAAACUGAGUUGGAAGCUCCAAGAACCCCUCGAACGCCUACCACUCCUGGGUUCAAUGCACAAAGUUUACCUAACGGCUAUCCCAGAUAUCCAUCUUUUGGAGAUGCUUCAUCACAUCCUUCCAGCAGACAUCCUUCUGUCGGAAGUGCACGCCUCCCCUCUGUCGGUGAAGAAUCAACACAUCCUUUACUUGUAGCAGAGGAGCAAGUGCACACUUACGUCAACACUACUGGGGUACAAGAGGAAAGAAAAAAUCGAUCAAGUGUGCAUGUGCCACUGGAAUCAAAGCUUUCAAACACUGAACCAACUAAAGUGAAAGAAGAUCAGUUGUGUACUGAUGACAGAGAUGCUCAGGUUCUCCUGGAGCCUGAAGGAGUCAAGUUUGUUUUAGGACCAACACCCGUUCAAAGGCAGUUAAUGGAAAGAGAGAAACUGGAGCAACUUGGGAGAGACCAAGUUAGCGGCAGCAGCACAAACAACACUGAAUGGGACACUGGCUACGACAGUGAUGAACGUAGAGAAACACCAUCUGGUAAUAAAUUGGUGUAUGAAAAUAUAAAUAGGUUAUCAAUCCCUAGUGCCUCAGGGGUCAGGAGAGGUCGUUUGACAUCAACCAGUACCUCAGACACCCAGAACAUUAACAACUCUGCUCAGAGGAGAACUGCGCUGUUGAACUAUGAGAACUUGCCAUCCUUGCCUCCUGUUUGGGAAGCCCGCAAGCUGAGUAGAGAUGAAGAUGACAGUUUAGGACCAAAGACCCCAUCUCUGAAUGGCUACCACAAUAACCUAGAUCCAAUGCAUAAUUAUGUCAAUACAGAGAAUGUAACAGUACCAGCAAGUGCUCAUAAAGUAGAAUUUACACGACGUCGGGACUGUACCCCAACAGUCUUUAACUUUGACAUUAGGCGUCCAAGUUUAGAACACAGGCAGCUCAACUAUAUACAGGUUGACUUGGAAGGUGGUAGUGACUCCGACAACCCUCAGACUCCAAAAACCCCCACCACUCCACUUCCGCAAACUCCAACCAGGCGCACAGAGCUGUAUGCUGUGAUAGACAUUGAAAGAACUGCUGCUAUGUCAAGCUUGCAAAAAGCACUGCCCCGAGAUGAUGGUACUUCUAGGAAAACUAGACAUAACAGUACUGACCUGCCUAUGUGA